ACUAGUCGUCUGCUUUGCCUCUGAUCAACAAUGAGUACCAAAUCUGCUAUCUGCAAAGAAAUUUUUGCUCCACAUGAUGAAAGGAUGCUGGGAGCAGUCCAAGUAAAAAGGAGAACGAAGAAAAAGAUUCCUUUUCUAGCAACUGGGGGUCAGGGUGAAUACUUAACCUACAUCUGCUUGUCAGUGACAAACAAGAAACCUGCACAAGCAUCCAUUACAAAAGUCAAGCAGUUUGAAGGUUCUGCAUCAUUUGUGCGAAGGUCACAGUGGAUGCUUGAACAACUUCGCCAGGUUAAUGGUAUAGAACCUCAUAGGGAUUCCCCAGAAUUUGAUUUAUUAUUUGAAAAUGCUUUUGACCAAUGGGUAGCAAGUACAGCCUCGGAAAAAUGUACAUUCUUUCAAAUUCUCCAUCACACCUGUCAGCGGUACCUCACAGACAAAAAGCCAGAAUUUAUCAAUUGCCAGUCUAAAAUUAUUGGAGGAAACAGCAUACUACAUACAGCAGCAGACAGUGUAACCAGUGCAGUACAGAAGGCGAGUCAAGCUUUGAAUGAGCGCGGUGAAAGAUUAGGUCGAGCAGAAGAAAAAACAGAGGAUAUGAAGAACAGUGCUCAGCAGUUUGCAGAAACUGCACACAAGCUUGCUAUGAAGCACAAGUGUUGAAGAUGCCUAAUACAGAUGCCAUCCAUAGAGGCACUCAAAAGCUAGGUUCAUCACUUUUUAUUGGAGAAACAGCCUCAUUUCUGCUUUUUCCUACAGUCCAACGAAGCCCAACUAUUAUAAUUGAAUGUAGGAAAUAAGUUACAUUCCUACAUUUUCUAUUGCUAAGCAAUUCUGCAAUAUUGUCAAACUUUUUAUUUUAUUUAAAAUAAGAGGUAUUGUUAACAUGGCAAUUGGACCAAAGGACAUAGAGAACUCUGAUAAUCUGCAGCAUCCCACUGUUUUCAGUAUUAAGCAGGAAGGAAUAAAAUUAGCUACAAGAGAAAUUAACAAAUGAAAAUAAAACCUGAGUACUUGUUACAUAAUUGUCUCGUAGCACAAUUUUUGGAGUUAUAUGACUCAUGCCUUCA